UUGAAAUCAGAAGUUUUCACAAUCAAAGUAAAAUGGCUCCCGGUGGUAAGUCGGCUGGGAAAGCGAUGAAGAAGUCUGGCAAAGCGCAAAAAAACAUCACCAAAUCGGACAAGAAGCGCAAGCCGAAAAGGAAGGAAUCGUAUGCUAUCUACAUAUAUAAGGUGUUGAAGCAAGUGCAUCCCGACACCGGUGUUUCCUCCAAGGCGAUGAGCAUCAUGAAUAGUUUCGUCAACGACAUUUUCGAACGCAUCGCUGCCGAAUCCAGUCGUUUGGCUCAUUACAAUAAGCGUUCGACCAUCACCAGUCGGGAAAUCCAAACCGCUGUCCGUCUCUUGUUACCCGGUGAAUUGGCUAAGCAUGCCGUCAGUGAAGGUACUAAGGCUGUAACCAAAUACACCAGCUCUAAAUAAGUAAUCAAUUAAUCGCAUACAAGCACAACACCAUUCCCCCAUAUAACUCUUAAAACGGCUCUUUUCAGA